UCGUGGCAGGACAAGGGUGCAAAGGGACAGCCUAAAGUCCAAAGUGACGCUUUCCGUUAGGUUAAUGUUUGCUAAAUUACAGGAAGCAAAAAGAAAAGGUCCAACAGAUACCAGCAGACUUACGCAAGACAAGAAUCAGUUCAAAACUGCUAUCACUCCCCGCCCUGUUUGCAACCUACUGGCACAUACACCUGCCCACAGUCAGAGCCACGGGGUUGCUCGCUCUCCUGCCUCUACUUUUGCAGAGGGAUGGGUCUGCUCCUGAAAAUUUUCAUCCCCUUGCUGGGACUGGCACUGGCCUUUUAUUUUUAUUCAGCACCUGAGAAUUUCAAUGAAGAGAUGCUCCGGGGGAAGCGGGUGAUCGUGACGGGAGCCAGCAGCGGCAUCGGGGAGCAGAUGGCUUAUCACCUGGCACGCAUGGAGGCCCACCUCCUGCUGACAGCGCGGACGGAGGCUAAGCUGCAGAAAGUUGUGAAGCGGUGCCUCGAGCUGGGUGCCGCGUCCGCCCGCUACGUGAGCGGCUCCAUGGAGGACACCACGUUCCCCGAGGUGGUGGUGAAGGAGGCUGAGAACACCUGGGGAGGCCUCGACGUGCUCAUCCUAAAUCACAUUGGUUACAGCUACUUCAACUACUUCAAUGGGGAUGUUGGGCACAUACGAAAGCUCCUGGAGAUCAACUUCCUCAGCUAUGUGGCGAUGACCGUGUCUGCCCUGCCCAUGCUGAAGGAGAGCGAGGGCAGCAUCGUCGUCGUUUCAUCUGUAGCAGGUAAAACUGCCGCCCCAUUUAGUGCUCCCUAUUCAGCAACUAAGUUUGCCUUAGAUGGAUUUUUCAGCUCCUUGCGACAUGAAUUCAUCAUAGACAAGGUCAAUGUCUCCAUCACACUCUGCAUCCUCGGCUACAUCAAUACAGAGAACGCCGUGCGAGCAGUCUCACACGCCAUCCAGGACACACCAGCCCCGAAGGAGGAGUGCGCACUGGAGAUCAUCAAGAGCGGGGUGCUGCGCCGGCGGGAGCUGCACUACCCAUCCCGGGCGGUGGGCAGCCUGCUCCUCCUCCGGGACAUAGCCCCCGACUUCCUCGACUCCCUCAUCAGGAGCAGCUAUAAGGUGGAAAACAUCAGAAGAACAUAGUCCCUGGGGCGGUGAGCGCACCAGCACACUUUGGGCCAGGCACAAGGCAUUUGGGUGUUAAUCCGGCUACUCGGGUGCCCCUUUUCCAUGCCACCGGGGCAGCCCCAUGCUGAUGCAUGCUGGCAGCCUGAGACAGGAUGCACCAGAAGCCUAUAACACACAGCAUGAAAAUCUCCUUUUUAGCAAUGAACUCUUGCAGCUGGCUUUUUCUGACCAAGAAGCACUUCAGAGAGGCUCCUGGCAGCAGGAUCUGCUGCCAGUCUCCGGCUCCCCAGCAGGUUUUCUGCUCAACCUCCAGAAACUGUUCCCCCACUGAAAGCCACGAAGGCAGCGGUGCUGAGCACGGUGGGCAGCGAGCCAUGCCACGGCCCAGAAUGAGGAUUUGGGCUAAGCAGCACAAACCACCCACAGCCACAAGAGGGUCUUUGAACCGGGAAAUUUUUUUGUCAUGUAUCUCUUCUAGGCUGGUCUUCGUAAAAAAUAAAUCCUAUGCUACUUUACGGGA